AACACGUUUCCAAUGGUUCACAUAUCUCUUUCCUCUUCUUCUUCUUGUCCGCUACUUCACCGCCGAAUCUUUCUUCCUUCAAUCCAUGCUUCUUCUUCUUCGGUUUCGUCGCCGCGGCCGAAAGUCGUCGUCACCAGAGAGCGUGGCAAGAAUGCCAAGCUCAUCGCCUCUCUGGCGAAGCAGGGAAUCAGCUGUUUGGAACUUCCUCUCAUCCAGCAUACAAGGGGGCCGGAUCGAGAUAGGCUUUCUACUGUAUUGACUGAUACAGUAUUUGACUGGAUUGUCAUAACAUCCCCUGAAGCUGGUUCAGUCUUUCUGGAGUCAUGGAAGGAUGCUGGAACUCCAAAUGUUAAGGUGGGCGUCGUGGGGGCAGGUACAGCAAGCGUGUUUGAGGAAGUACUACAGUCAUCAAAGACGUCCCUCAGUCUUGCCUUUGUGCCAUCAAAAGCAACAGGCAAGGUUUUGGCUUCAGAGCUCCCUAGAAGUAGGAAAGACAAAUGCACAGUACUAUAUCCUGCUUCUGCAAAAGCUGGCAAUGAGAUUGAGGAAGGCCUGUCCAAUCGUGGAUUUGAGGUCACGAGGCUCAAUACAUAUACCACGGGACCUGUUGACCAUGUCGAUCAAAUGGUUCUGAAGCAGGCUCUUUCUGCCCCUGUUGUUGCAGUUGCUUCUCCUUCUGCAGUUCGUGCUUGGGUCAAUCUUAUUUCCGAGUCUGAGCAAUGGAAUAAUUCAGUUGCCUGUAUUGGUGAGACAACUGCCAAGGCUGCUAGGAGACUAGGCUUGAGAAAUGUUUACUAUCCAGUGCAACCAGGUCUUGAAGGAUGGGUGGAUAGCAUUGUUGAAGCACUGGGAGCAAGUGUCCAUUUGUAGAGGUGAUGUGUUCUUUUCAGGCAGACUGAUGAAGAGGUAACUGGUGCACAGUUGAGAAGCACAAACAGACGCCUGAACUGUAUAAUUUUACAGCUUCCACACAAACUAGAUGCAAAACAAGGACAAGUAUUUUUCAAGCUGCAGGACAUAAUGAUGUGGGUGACACCCUGAAUCUGGGAUCAUAUUCAUUCAGCAGAGCUUUCAUUGGCGUUUUUGAAGUCACUGUCUUGGGAUCACAUUUGGAAAGAAGGCCUACCUUACAAGUCUUGUAUGUAUAUUUAUUCCUGUGCCAUGUUGACCUUCACAUCAAUUUUGCUUUCUUCUUGGUGUACUCGUAGAAUUCUUUGUUCCCUUCUUUGUUAGAUCAAGGGAAGAAUUCCCACGUUCUAGCUUGUACAUUUAAUGAUCAAAAUGGAAAGCUCACUUUAUCAG